UACCUCUUCCCCCAUCCCGUGCCUCACCACCACAAGCUUACCUUGGAAAGGUGACCAUCUCUCACACUUCCUCCCGUUAUCUGCUGUGGAAUCAACACCCUCUUCUAAAUUUAGAGUUGUAGUUGAGAGAAAAACAAACUACGCCUUGCCCUAGUUAAGUACUGGGAGAUUCUUUUAUUCAAGCCCAUUUGCCCAUUUUUCUAUUACAUACUACAGUACUAUCAUCGAGCACUUGAAUACUUGAAGCUGGGCUGGAGUUUUCUAAUAUAAGCAGCUAAGGGGGUGGCCCCAUCCACGCCAGCGGACUUCACUCCCACACUACGAGACAAUGUGUGUUACAUUGUGGCUGCUGUUCUGGUCAAUGAUGAGGGUCAUGUCCUCAUGAUGCAGGAGGCAAAGAGUUCGUGUGCUGGGAAGUGGUACCUUCCUGCAGGACGUAUGGAGGCUGGAGAGACUAUUGUGGAAGCAGCCAAGAGAGAAGUCCUAGAGGAAACUGGUUUGGAAACAGACAUUACCACUCUGAUAAUGGUUGAAUCUGCCUCUGGGUCAUGGUUCAGAUUUGUUGUCACUGGUAAUGUGUUAGGUGGAACACUAAAGACACCUGCCUGUGCCGAUAAAGAGUCACUGCAAGCCAAGUGGGUGGAGGAUCUUGGAGAACUGAGUCUGAGAGGCAAUGACAUAUACCCUUUGAUUCAGCGUGCCAAACAGUAUUGUGCACGCAAAGAGGAGCCCUGGCAUCCCAUGUUGCUGCCUAUUAACAAGCCACAUACAAGGCUUCUCCUUAGAUUGGUCAUUGCUAUUAGAAAAAGAGUCAACAACAGAUUGUGUAUUCUCACCAGUGACAAAACAGCCACUCACCUUCCAGUAACGGAAGUUAACCCUGUGAGGUCCCUCCACUCUACUCUGAGGAAAUACAUGACAGAAAUUUUUGGAUCUGACUUACCACCUCAUAGACCCCAAGGUGUUCUGAAUGUUGAGCUCAAAACAAGUUCACCAAGUGGUAACCAUGAUGGAAUGUGUCUAACACUGCUUGUUCCUGUUCGUAAAGCACUUGAGGAUGUACCUCUUAUUGACAAAUACUCUUGGAUUGAAUUGUCCAAACCUGUUGGUGAAGAUCUGCUGAACCGCAUGGGCAAAAAUAUGACUGUGCCUUUGAACGUCAUACGGAGAGGCUUGGUAGGCCUAGCAUGAGAGAACAUGUCUGUAAGAAUAACAAGUGGUACGUGAGACUUUUCUUCCAUCGUGUAGACAUUGCAAUGCUGAAUACAUGCAGUAUGUACCAGAUCAAGACGAGCAACCGAUUGCCAUGUGCCCACUUCAGUUUGUCAUCAGACAAAUAAUACAGAAAUACCAGAUCACAACACCUGCACUGCACAACAUACUCACCACCAUACUGAUCAUCGCUAAAUGCCCUCUCGUUUGAAGUACAUAUGGUGAUUACUUCCUAACUACAUUUCCUGCUACAGGCAAGAAGAAAUAGGCUCAAAAGAGAUGUUAUGUCUGUGCAUACACGCCAUGGGGCCCAGCAAAGUGCAGGGACACACUUUGUGUAGAGAGUGUAAAACACUGCUGUGUUUGGAGGUGUGUUGAAGGGCUUCUACAGACAGCAACAGUUCUAGAAACAUGACCAAUGCCUGUGUAUGUUAGAACAGUAGUAAUGUGAAGCAAUUGAACAUGUGCAUGUGUAUAAUAGUUUUUUAAACAACAUAGGUUUUAAUUUCGGGGAUUGCGACAGUGAAAAGGUUAAUAAACCCCCAUCAUUCAUUUGCUCACAUCAUUCAUGUCUCCCUUCACUCUUUAUUCUGAAAGAAUGUAGAUAUAGCUUUGUCGCUCUUCAUGUUGAAAAUUCUUUUCUAAAGCUGGGGAAUAAUUUUCUCAUUCUUUUAUUAUACAUAUACUGAACUUGAAAGAAAAUUUACAUUUACACUGUGGUGGCCAAAACUGUACAGUGUACCCCCAAGUAAUAUCUCAUGAGGUUAAGAAAAAGCUGAAAGUUGAUCUUUUUGCAAUACCCUUAUCCUAAUUCCCUGUUGACUUUGUUUUUGGCAUUUGUGUAUUUUUUUUUUUUUUUUUUUUUUACUUCAGAUCCCUGCUAACUAUGACUUCUAGUUUCUUUUCACAUUUGACUCGCUAAUAUUAGAUAUUGAUUUUCUUGUAGCCGUCUUGAGUCUUUGUUGGAAUAUUUUACUCGCAUUAAAAGAAUGCCACAUCAAAUAUAAUUUACUAAUAUGUAUUGUUAUUAACUCCUCUUCCAAUAUCAUUUAUAAAUAUGGUGAGCAAAGGUUCCAGAACAAGAGGCCCAAGGCAAAAAUCCUUGAUAAAAAAGCUUCACUCUGAAUUUACUACUUAUGCUCAUCCUCUUGUUUCCUUUCUGAUAUAAAUGCUUUGAUCUAAUUUCAGAAUGUUUCUUCAGUACCAUUUGUCUCUACCUUUCCAAUAACUCUCUCAUGUGGAACAGUGCCAAACGCUUGCAUAAAGGUAUAAAAAAUUUCAUCUUUAACAUAGUACAAAUGCAUUACGCUCUAAAAAUAAGGGUGAUUUGGUUAAAUCCCUCCUAAGCUGUUCCAGUUGUCAAAUGCCACACAUGACAGGAGUGUCCCACUUGUCUUGAAUAUUUAGUUGCUUGUGUAAAUUUAUUUAGUAACUACUUGAUGCAUGAAGAAGUUGCAAAGAUAGGGAUGCAUGCAAGGAGAGGAAUGUAUGGAGGAAUGUUUAGUGUUCUGGUAGUAGAGGAAUAUUUGGUGUUAUGGAAGGAGGAAUGUUUGGUGUUAUGGAAAGAGAGGAUUGUUUGGUGUUAUGGAAGGAGAGGAAUGCAUGGAGGAGUAUGAAUUAGACACUUGCAAUAUUUGGGUAUCUUUAUUUUGGAAACGUUUCAUCAACCAAUGGCAUCCUCAGUCCAGUACACAGAAGAAUGGUUGAAGAUCAGAAGGAGUUGGACGUAAUCAGUCCCUCAGCCUGGAGUCAAUGUGAUAAGUCCUUUAAUCUUGAUUAGUACAGCAUAUGUAUGGAAAAGCUUGUAUACUGUAGACAGGUGAGGUGAAACAGUCAUAGGCAGUGUCACCUUGGACAAAUCCACAGGUGGAAGUGGGUCAUGCCUAUAGAUCAGGCAAGCAUAGAAUUCCCUGUAUCAGGAUCCCAAGAUAUUGCUGUCUGACAGAAAAAUUAGAUAGAUCUUUCAGGGAACUGCCAGGAUGAAGAAUUAGACACUUGGGUAUCUAUUGUGGAAACAUUUUGUCAUCCAGUGGCUUCCUUAGUCCAAUACAGAGAAGAAUGGUUGAAGAUCAGAAUGUGUUUGAGGUAGUCAGUCCCUCAGCCUGGAGUUGAUGUGAUUUGACUAUGGAAGUCACAGGUUGAUGAAGUGUUUCCACAAUAAAGAUAUCAAAGUGUUAUACAUGUCUCUAAUUCAUCAUCCUACCAGUUCUCUGAACCAUUUGUCUACAUUCCUGUCAGACACAGAAAAUAAAAAAUGCAUGUAAAAACCUAAAGAGAUUGAGGAAAUAAGAAAAUUCAGUAUUUCACACCAGCUUUGUCCCUUGGCAUUUGCAUCCCCCCUGCACACACCUUUUCUCUAUCAUUUAGCAGUGCAUCAUCCAUUUGGUUUAGUGUUUAUUUUUUUUUGUGACUAGUAAUAAACAGUAAAAGCAUAUGGCAACAUUGUAUAGAAAAAUCAUAAACUGAGACAGGAUAAAAGACAGCUAUGAUUAACACUUGCUAAGAUCAAGCAUAUAAUAGAAUUGUUAAAAAAAAAAGUCACAAUGCUAGUAAGGAGACAAGAAGACUUAAGUUUUCUCAGUUUGACAAUACCUUGAAAGAAGACAAAAAAUAUAAGAUUUAAUAGACACUGCCAGAAAGCUGAAUGGUGUAAAAUGUGACGAAGAAUGUGCAGUUUUUUCUACAGAGUAAUAUUUUUUAAAACUAGGAAUAGUUACUAAAGGAAAUGAGUGUUUAAAAAUAGUAAAAAUUUAGGUAUUGUAACUAAUAAGCAUUAAAAUAUGUGUUUACUAAAUGGGAAUACAGUACACUACACUGUUGGUUGUAGCUUUGUUGUGAGAAGGCAGCUAUAUGCACUAUGUUGAAGAGAGCAGUACUAUAUGUAGAACAAUUUUGAAUAAAGAGAAACCAUAAAAUUGAGCUUAAGUGAAAAAGCUUGAGUAAAAGAAUGCAAUGUGCUUUUCAUUUUAUUACUGUACUUUUUUCAUUAUUAAUUUUAUGUAGAAAUUUACAAAAUAAGAUGCUAUAUUAGUUUGUAUAAAACACUGAACUAUGGUGUUUUUAAAGUGUAUUUUCAUUGAAAAAUUUAUUGUAUCUGUUAUGGUCACUGUCUUGUUUAUGUCUGUGUGUGCUCUUUGACAGUGGAACUAAUACCUACUUUUAAAAUGUUCUUUUCUGUAAGCAUAAUACUGUAAUUAUAAUUUAUAACAAUUCUAACAACAUACUAUGAUCAAACAGGUGUAGUUCUGGUUAUAUAGGGUUUCUUUGAUACUUGCGAAGAAGUAUGUUUAGUCAAAGACAUUUGGUUUGCUUUGGUGACCCAUCUUCUGUACUUAUAUUUACCAUGAUAAAAGUGUUGCUUUUACUUUUGCUUCUGUUGGUAGCUAAGGAAUUCCUAAUAAGCAAGCUUGUAAGUUACUUACAUUUACAGUAUGACUAAUUUUCUUUCACACUGCAAGACUAUGCUGUAUCUGAAAAUGAAAUUUGAUAGUCAAAACUCAUUUAUCUGAAACUCUUUUACAAGAGAUGUACUGGUUCCUGCUCAUUGAAAAUUAAUCAUAAACCCUUCUCUCCUCUGGAGAGAAUUGCUGUCAUUGUUUUUGCAUUACAUACUCAAAAUAUCUUUUCUAAAAUAGGAAGCUCUUGGUUCUGAUCAUUUCAGAUGAGUGAGGUAUGACUGUACUGUGUUAACCAAAAUUAUUUAAUCUCAAUAUAGUACUAACACUCUUAUAUUAAAUGCAGUACUUACUGUAAGCUGGAAUCACAGAGGAAAAAAUCAUUGAAUGCAAUUUACUGUUCUUUCUAAAGCUUGAGAAACAAUCUUCGUUUUUCAGAGUGUCUACACUUAUCAAUUGAGUUUGGUGCUGCUCUUCCCUCGUCACCAGUUGCUGAUGAUCUCAGUCUGUUUGCGGUCAGUUCCCCAAGUCUGCUUUCAAACCUUGUGGUUCCUCUCCUGUAUUGAUUUUGGUAUCCAAAUGCCCUUCCCCACUUCUCUAUGCUAAAUGUCAUCUCAUAAAAAAAACUAUCAACUGCACACCGGAAAUCCUGCUCUUUCUCACCCCUUCUGUAUGUCAUGUAGGAGUUGGUUCAGCACUCUUGGCACUGCUGCAUCUCCAUCUUCCGUAGUUGUGAUAUAAUCGGGUCUAUUAAUAAGUGAUACUGCAAAAAAUAUAUAUCGGUAAAGAAGAGAGUCAAUGCAAUGGCUUCUGUUGGUCACUGCUGUGCACUAUACCCUUUACUGUGUAAAUAACUUAUUUUUAAUAUACCAUACUGUAUUACAGCCCAAGCACAAGGCACUUUUUACUUGGUUUAGUCUUCCCAGGGAUAAUGUCAGGAGCUUCUUGAUGAUACAUUUUCUCCAUAUAUAUUUAUAUUGUACAUUAUCUGUAUACACAUUUAUUUUUAUAUUGUACUAUAUGUCGAAAACAUGGUAUGGUAUAAGAAUUGGGUAAUUGUUUUCAGUACCUUUAUUAGUUUUAAGCACUGCAAAGUGAAGCUGUUAUUGUUACAAUGAAAUUCCAACUUUUGGGAAAACUAAAUAUGAUUUUUGAGUAAAAUUAUGUAUUCAGUCUUGCAGCCUCUGGGUGCACUGACUGAAAAUAUACACCGUGGUCUAUUACUUCCAUUAUUAUGAAUUAUACAUUACUGUUUACAUUUUCUUUCAGCUACUGGGAAUCAUGUGCUUAAGUAGAGGUCAAGUAAGGGAGUAAUAAGUAAGUAGUAAGGGAAAGUAAUAAGUAAGUAGUAAGGGAGAAGAAUGAGUGAAUAAAAAUAAGGGAGAGUAAUGAGUCAAUAGUAAGAAAGAGGAGCACAUAAUGCUCAUUAAUACUGCCCACCAGUUGUAAAUGUAUACAUAUAGAUUUUCCAAUUGAUUUUAUGUAAAUUUGUCCAGAGGAAAUAGUCAUAAAAGCAAACAUGUGCUAGGUAAUGCUGAAGGGCUAUUUACAAGGCAGAUUUUUUUUAUAAAAGCUAGCAGAAAUUUUAACUAUUGUAAUAUGUAAGGAAGUCGCUUAUUCCUUGUGUCAGCUUGAAAAUAAUCGAGAUUAACUGGAAGUUUAUCUUGGUCUCUUGUCGUACAGACAUAGGAUCCUAAUUACAAUAUAUAACUAUUGUUAUCGUGUGAUGGCUGCAUUCAGUAGAAUGUGGGAUUUAACAGAUUGUUUCUCUUAGCCUGUUUCGAUGGCUUUUGGAGGAUUUGAUUGACAUUUGUUGCUGGCAGUUAGAAAAAAGAUAAAGAUUUAUUUCUUUGUAAAGGUUACAAUGUGUAGUGUUUGGAAUUAUUCUGUUGUCCCCAGUUAGUGUUUGGAAUUAUUUUGUUGCUACCAGUUAGGGCAAAAACCAUAAGUAGCAAGCAUUGCAGAUCUUAUUGGUUGCCUUUAUCCAUUGUACAGAUGUCACUCUCUUAAAGCUCUUUGAAAAUGUAUUUUGUUAAUAUCUGAAGUACGUAAUUGAGUUAAAGAAAAGUCUUACGUGAGUGUCUUAGAUAUUUAUGGGAUUUGGAAAAUAUAAUGAAUCUCGUUAUAACAGUAAUAAUGUUCCACUACUUUACUUUUAAAUUUGUUGAUCUUAUUUGCAUGAUUCCCUUACUUGACAUUUAAGGAACUAUUUAAUAAAUGAAUUUUGUAUUUUUGGUAUUAAAUAUUAUAUAAAAUCUUAAAAAAAAAAAAACUUACUGUACAUGGAAUAAUAUAUUUAUAUUGAUUAGUGAAUAAUUUUUAUAUAGUAAAUAUUUUGCUGUGGGAGACAAGUUUUUAUUUAGUGUGGGUUUUAGCACCUAAAUUGAUUUUAAUGAUAAUAAUAUUCUUUAGUGUUAAUUCUGUAAGAAUUAUUAGUGUACUUUUUAUUUUGAGAAAUAUGAUAAGUUGGUAUACUAAUUUGUUAAUGGCUGAUAAUCGUGUAUUUUGAUAUUUUGUAGCCUGUACUAUAUAUGAUGCAGUAGUUUUUCUUUUUCCACAGUAGCGAUUUUCCAUCAAGGUAUGAUGAUUCUAGAGGAAAGAGGAGCAUUUACCAUCAUUCAUUUAAUAGCUGUCUUGCCAAAAAUAUCCAGGCAUCACAAUCCAUAUUACAUUCUGAACUACAACAUCCCUCGCCUACUAUCAGAGUGCAAGCACUGUACUUCUCACCUCCAGAACUCAAGUCCAUUCACUAUUUUUAAAUUAAAUAUUUUAUUUUACGCUUGGUUUUUACAGUUUGUGUUGAUACCUCUUAAAUUUUAUAGUAUAUUUUAUUGUGAAAAUAAUCAUCUACAUAUAUUGUUUUUCUUAUUCUGUUACUGUCAGCUUCUCAAUUGCUGUCUCUUGAAAAAUACACAUGUUGUUUAGGGCAGAAGUAUCACAGAGUAGGGUGUAAAUGUUCAUGUAAAGUCAUUCAUGUAUCUCUCAUUUGAUUUAAAGUUUAGACUUCAGGAUUAAGCCGUCAGUGGAUUUACCUACAUGUAUUAUUACCGUACAUUCAUGAGGGGUUGGCCCCUAGACCCAUAGGGGUCCUACAGCACUUGAGGAAAUGGGAAGCAAUCAGGUUGGAUCCAAGGAAGUGGAAGACAUGUCCAGUUCCAUGCAUCAAGAGCCCUUCAUCAGCAUCAAGGAAUCUCUCUCUUGAAGGGUGAAGAUAUUGACAAUUCAAGAGCAAAAAUUCUUCUAAAUAGGAUGCAAGUAAAUCAAACUAAAAUUGGUCAGCACAUUGCAUAAACAUUACUUCUUGUUCAUGAUUGCUUACAUAGAGGUUUUGCAUUCCAAAUCCCUACUUCAAUAAUAUGUUUCUUCAGAAUAUUGUUUUUCUUUUGCUAUAGUGACACAAGAAAGUGUAGAGAGGUAGUUCAGAGAGGAAACCUCUGGUAAUGUGGUAAUUACUUUCAUCUUUGUUAGCCCUUUGAGUCCUCUUAAGACGGUAAAGUAUUGCGGAUGUGAUAUUUUCAUCAACAUGUAUUAUUUUUUUAAUUAUGAAUUGUUUAUUAAUGAUAAAAUGGGUGUUUGAAACUACUCCACUGCUAGUGUUCAGCAUCUUACAAAGUUCUAAAACAUUCCUUUAGCCAUCUACUAGCAAAGGAAAUGGUAUGAGUCCAAUCCAUUCUUUCAAGCGGUGCCUUGUACCAUGCUGCAAGAGUAAAUCCCUUAAGGAGGUGGAAAGGGUUUCCUUUAGGCUGGCAAAGAGCUCUUGAUCCAAGGAAUUGGGGUUACCUUCCCUUCAAAUAAACCUAAUUACCUCUCACUAUCCCUGUAUAGAGUAAAUUUAGCAUCAAUUUGAUGUUCACAGAACUUCAGUCCCUAAUGUAUGAAGCACAUUAGUUGUUUCUCUAAAGACUAGUAUAAUAUGGUUUCUGGCAAAACAUUGAAGAUAGACUUUUAUGAAGCUGCCUCUGUACAGUACAUUCUAAAAAAAAAAAAAAAAAAAAUGGAAGCCUACCAACCCUUAUAUCAGGCAAGUUCUGUUGUUUGUUAGUGACAUCUAGAUCUUCAAAAUGAAGAGAACAGUGGUCAAUGUUUAUAACACCUCAUGCAUUUUUGAGAUCAAGGUUUAUUACACUCAGACAUUAAAAGGUUAUAUUAGUAUCUACCUUAAUAUCUUAAGGUAUCAACAUCAUUAAUAUAUUGGCUGCAAUAGUGAAGGGGAGUGAUGCUCAAUCUCAGGUGCCAAGAUAGGAGGCACCACUGAUGCUCAGGCUCUCACAGAAAGUAAUAGUCAUGACAUUAGUGAAACUGAUGCAUCAGAAUACUAGCCAAUGGCAGCAAUUAUAUAAGUGCUGUUUUUCUAGUCAGUCUCGCUUCACUUCCAAUGUCUGUAUGUUUUUGCUUAUCUUACCAUCUUCCAUUUAGUUUACUGUACCUUGCAGGGUGCUCUACAGCGUAUUUUAUGUACAAAUAUAUUCGCAAGAAAGCACUAAACUAUACACACUGUAUUGCUGCAUUGUAUCCUAAAACAAUUAAAUAGUACUGUACUAUAAGGUGUAUAAAAUACUUUAUUAUUCAUUAUAUGCCAUGUUGGUUUUAAAAUGCUUAUUGCCUUUUAAUUUUUUCUUAAUUUUUAUUAGUAACCCCUUUUUGACCAUGUAUUUAUACAUGGAGAUUGUAUAUUGCCUGAAGCAGGGUGACCCAAAAAGAAAGAAAAUCCCAAAAAGAAAAUACUUUCAUCAUCAUUCAACACUUUCACCUCACUCACACAUAAUCACUGUUUUUGCAGAGGUGUUCAGAAUACAACAGUUUAGAAGCAUAUAUGUAUAAAGAUACACAACAUAUCCCUCCAAACUGCCAAUAUCCCAAAUCCCUCCUUUAAAGUGCAGGCAUUGUACUUCCCAUUUCCAGGACUCGAGUCUGGUUAUAUAAAAAUAACCAGUUUCCCUGAAUCCCUUCACUAAAUAUUACCCUACUCAUGUAUACAGUAUUCAUGUAUACAUGUAUAUAUAUUCAUGUAUACAGUAUUUUACUACUGAGUGUUACUGGAAUUUUGCCAUAUGACUGUGAUUCGUGUACUCAUUGUUUCAGUGUUAAAUUAGACUUUCACACCAAGGAUUUUGUCAGCAAAGAAAUUUGGCCAUUUCUAAGAGAAAAAAUCUGUAAACUGAAUAAUGUGAUUGUGAAUCAGUGACAAGAAAUAAGCAACAACAAAUGUAAAUAUAUGCUUAUACUCUAGUUGCAUAUAUUAGAUGCUCAGACUGUUACAGCAAUUAGCUAAAUUGUGAUGUUUGUGGACUUCUGGAAAGACAGCUGGAGAAUGAAUAAUGAUGAAUUUGAUUCCUCCUUUGGGUCACUAUUUAUGUAGAAAAUUACCAGUGUUAAAAACUGACUAGAAGCACACCAGUGUUAAGGUUAAUAUAGAAUACUAAAAUGUUAUGAUUAUAUCCAUCUUGUACUGUGUGUUAUCUCUCUCUCUCUCUCUCUUUAUCUUUUUGUUUUUCUCUAUCUCUUUUUCUCUGUUAACUUUGUCUCUUUAGUUUUCUCUUUUUUUUUUUAUCUUUCUUUUUCUCAUUCUAUUUUCUUCUUUUUUCUUCCUUUUUCUUCUUGUUUUUCUUUUUUCUCUUUUUUUUCUCUUACUCUUCCAUUAAAUCUGCAUUCUUUCUGCUUUAAUUUUUUUCCGAAUUUGGCUAUAAUAAUAAUACACGUAGUUGGUUUUACUAAUAUUCUUGGACGAUUGGAUGUAGUCAUUCAGUGUUGUACAAAAUGCUCUGUCGUAAGUAAAUAUUGAAGCUCAGAGAUGUAUUAUUUUGAGGUCAAAUUUAAUAUAAAAUGUUUCAUAACAUUAAAUGCAUUACACAGCAUUAUUUUUGUGUAUAGAUGGUUUAUGUAAUAUUAAAGGUGUAUGUACUUAUCUGCAAUGUCAGGCAGUGUAAUUUCAUUUGCUAGCAAAUCAUAAUGACAUUUUGAUCAAUGCUUCCAAAUGCAGACUUUAGCUUUUGUGUCUUCCUUUUCAAGCAUCUUCCACUUGUAGAUUUAUUUCUAAAUCUCUGCAGUAGCUUUAGUUAUGACAGACUUAAAACACACACAUUAAUAUUGUUGAGAAGGCAUGGUAAUUUUAUUCAGUUACCCAAGACUUUACUGUUUGAAUACAUUCUUGCAGAUUUUAAGUGAAUUUAUCAUGUUAAGAGAAAGGUAAUGUUUUGUAAAGUUUAUUUUUUUACUUAUGCACAAUAGAAUAAAAUCAGAUGUACUGUGCUGCAUGAUAAUAUUUGUAAUUAUAAUAUGUUAAUAAAGGAUUAAAUACAAUAUAA